AUGUUAAAAUGUGUAAAUAGGAUAAAUAAAAGGUUGAUAUAUAAGUUGCACUUAGAGAAUGACAAAAUAAUAGACAUGCCAAUGUUCUUAGUUGAUAAUCUAUAUAUUCGAAAUAAAGAGGAAUUAAUUUGUUUACUAAAUAAUGCUAUAACAUUUGAUAAAAAUAAUUUUUUAUAUAAUUAUAAAAGGGUUUUAUUAAAAAAUGACGAUAAAAAAUUGGGUCAAUUUUGCAAUCCAUACAAAUAUGACAAUGAAGAGUACAACAAAUUAAUAAGUUACUUAUCAGAAAUGGAAGAAUGGGAAGAGAAUUAUAAUGACGUUUAUUUCUGUGAAAAUGAAUUACAUAGUAUGGAUAAGCCAAUUGAAAAGAGAAUAGUAGAAGGAGAGCAAAUAGAAGACUAUAUGGAAUGUCUUGAUAAUAGGAAAAAAAUAGAAAAUAAAAACAUAUCAAAGGAAAGAGAAACAUUAGAGUAUUAUUCAUUAAUGGGGUAUAUUCCUAAUAACUUUUUUUUUUACAAUUAUAAAAAUAGGAUAAUAUCUUUAAUCAAUAAUUUAUCAUAUAGUGAUAUUUAUUCACUUAUUUAUUUAUAUAGUAAGAGUUCAAAAAUCGAUUUUUCAAUGCUAACCUUGUUAGGAAAAGAAUAUAUAAAUAGAAUUGAAAAAGAUAAGCAAAUUAAUUAUAAGAAUAUAAUAAAAUUAUUAAAUAUUUUUAUAAAAUUAAGUUAUAAGCAAAAUGAAAUGCAAGAUAUUAUUCAAAAGUUAUUAAAAAAUUUGUGUAAUUGUAUAUAUAAUGAAGAUUUAAAAAUAGCUACCUUACAUUUUGUAUGCUUAUCUAAGCUUAAUUUAUAUAAUAUAUUAUUUUAUGAUUAUAUAGAUAUGUUUUUAAAAAAUGUAAAUAACUUUUCAAAUUUAUCAUGCUCUAUAAUAUUACAAUGUUUAGGAUAUUAUCAAUAUCACUUGAUAAGGAGUAGUAACUACAUUUUUAAAUUAGUCAGACAAUUUAAGCAAAAUUUUGUUAGUGAAACUGAGGAAGAGGAAAUGAAAAAAAAUGAGACUCAUAGUAGGAGCAUAGACACAAUACAAAAACAAAAUGAAUGGAAAAACAGUUUAAGAAAUAAAAUGGAUAUACAAAUUUUAAUAUUUCAGCAUAAGAGAAAAAAUAUAGAUUUAAUAAAUAAUAUAGAGAAUAAAAUAAUUGAUAGAUUAACAAAAAUAAAUUUAGAUGAUAUAUCUGAAAAAUCAAUUGGUAGUAUUUUUCACUUUUACUAUUUAAUUAAUAAAAAGAUAUUAACAAAUAGAGAUCAUAUAUUAUUUUCCAACUUAAUAAAUAUUUUAAUAAAAAACAAAAUAGAUUUUCAAAAACCUCGAUCAUUUCUUAUGUCAUCAUAUACAUUAAUUAUACAUAAAUAUUUUACAAAUAUAAAUAUAUCUUCUUAUUUUUUAUUACAAUGUGCUAAGUUAAUUAAAAUAUUAAAGACUGAAACUUAUAUGAGCAAUUUGUUAUUUGUAUUGAUGGGUUUUUCUCAAAACCAACUUAUUUUUUAUAAAAAUAGGAGCAAUAAUAAGAAAGCGGAUUUGAAGAUGUCUGGUGACAAUGUCAAUGAUAACUAUCCUGAAGUAUACAUUGAUCAGAAGUAUAAUAAAUUAUUUAAUUUUAAAAUUGAAAAUAAAUUUAAGGAUAUGACUGAGAUGUGUGAGUAUAAAAUAAAUGUUUUAGAAGAUAAAUCAUUUGAACCUGUUAGUUGUCGAUCAGCUAUUUUAUCCAUAUUUAAUGAAAUAACAAGUUUAGAAUAUAAAUUAAAUAAUGAGCAGAUGCAUAUGUAUUUGUUACUUUUUUCAAGUUUUGAUAUAAAGCUUUCAUCUGAAAUUAAACAAAAAAUAUUAUCUCUUAUUAUUAACGAUUCAAAAAAUUUAGUUUAUUUGGCUCAUACUGUUAUUCAAAUUGGUGUUAAAAUUUUUGGAAUCUCUAGCAGUUAUAUGAAGACUAUAUGUUUAAGCAUGUUAGAAAAAAUGGACUUUGAAAUUGUAAAAUUUUAUAAAGCUAUAAAAAAUGGUGAAAAAAGACAAGUUUGCAACUUCUUAUACGAUUUAAAUAUUUUGUCGGAAAUUCUUUUUGUAUUUGAUCAAAUUGAUAUAACUAAAAAUGAUUUUAUAGUAAACAUUAUAAAUUUAAUGUUUUCAAAUAAUUUCUUAAUUUUUAAACAUAAAAAAAAUAGUUUUAGUUCUUAUGUUUAUUUACUUCAUUAUAUUGGAAGUAAUAAAAUAGAUACAGAAAUAUACAAAAAGGUUUGUGAUUUUAUUUUUGCUAACUUAAGUGAUUAUAUUGAUUUAUCUUAUAAAUAUUAUUUAAAAAAUAAUGUAGAAAAAGUUUCAAAUAUGGAAGAUAUAAAUGGGUUUAACAAAACUAAUGUAUAUAAAUCUAUUGAAUCUGAUAUAUUUUUUGAUGAAAUAUAUCAUAAACUAAUAAUGGAUAAAAUAUAUUUGAAGGAUAUUAUGUUACUACUCGAUGCAAUCAGAAUUUUAAAAGCCUACAACAAUCUCCCGCUUAUCCAUAAUGUUGUUGCUAUGCUAAACACAGAGAAAAUUAAGGGUCUUUCAGACGAAGAUAUUGAACUAGCAAACUACAUAUUUAUAGACAUGGGUCUACCUAAUAAAUACAUAAUGGAUGAAGCAAAGAAUAGAGGAUUGACGAUAGGCUUGAAAUAA